AUGUAUUUCUUCUACUCAUCACAACCUAUGAGAGAAGAAGUCAAAAUUACUAUCACUACUCAAAGUGUGCCCAUUAUUGAUGAGGGAAAACUCGUCUUGCAGGCAAGCCUUUCAGGACUUUUGAUUACAUGUAUUGUUGAAGAUGAUCUACUAGGCCUUGAGUUAAUGAAACAAAAUCUCCCGAUUGGAACUCACGCAAGCUUGGGAGGCAAGUUUAUCAACAUAGGAAAUCGUAUUCCAGUGGGCGAGACACUCAACAUGCUUGUCACUUCAGUCAAAAUUUAUACUAAAGUGUCUGGAUCAUCCUCCGAAACACCAAAGACUGGGAAUAAGCGCCAACUUUCCCUAUCUUUUGACAGAGAAGCUACUACUGAAGACUUGGGAUCAGAAAACGAUGAUUUCGACUCCUCAGAAUAUAUAGGAUAUGCGACCGAAAAAAGACGACGGAUACAGACUAGAGAGCCAACGACCGGUCUUAGGUGGUCCCUAGACAAGUUUUCUGAAUACCCUUCAAGCGUUACAAACUACUUUUUGUCUCUGUUUGGUCGGAUCAGUCUUUUGAGAGGCCAUCAGCUUAUCAACGGUGAUGAAGCAAAUAUCCUCUUGAACGCAAUGCACACCAUUCACUGCAAAGGAAAUAAUCAAAAAAAGGAUGCCGUAGAGUUUGCAGACAUAGCCAGAAAACUGACGAAUAUGCUUAAUGAUUGUGAGAGAGACGAGCAUCUUCCAAGAUAUCCUUUUGACGACUCGGUCUGUUCUCUUCCUUCAGAUAUCUAUAAGCUCUUGUGUGAAUAA